GGAAACCUCAAGGCUGGAUCAUGAAACUAGACCAAUUCUUUAUACUUCGGUCUUCCCCCUGCAGUUUUACUUUUACAGGUGAGCGAAUUGCAACACCAUGCACUCCCAAUCCAUUUCUUCCCUAUCCCCUCUCAAUUUCCCUCCAAACUCGAAACCCAUCAAACCCACACCCUCUUUCACAUUCUCAAGUAAGUUAAACCCACCUUCAUCUCCAAACAACUCCAAAAUUGAGAUAAGGGUGUGCACAAACCGGACUUGCAGCAGACAAGGAUCUUUGCAGAUUCUUGAAACUCUAAUGGGUGUUUCACCAGCACAUGUCUCUAUAAAUUCCUGCGGCUGUCUCGGCCGCUGCGGAAAUGGUCCCAACCUUGUGGUCUUGCCGCUGGCUGCCAUGAUCAGCCACUGUGGAACAGCGGCUCGUGCCGCUGAGCUGGUUGUUGAUGUAUGUGGUAGAGGAGCUGAUAAUGCUGAUCUUGUUAGGAGGAGUUUGGAUGCUCUUGCUUUUAGGAAGAGAGCUCAGAUUGAAUUUGACAACCACAAUUUUUCUGAAGCUGAGGCAUUAUUCUCUCGGGCUAUAGAAGCUGAACCAAUCGGAGGCGUUCAUAUUUCAUACAAGGGAAGGUCUGCUGUAAGGUUGGCAUCAGGCAACUUCAGUGGGGCACUUGAAGAUGCUAGGGAAGCUCUAGUUUAUGCCCCACAUUAUGCGGAGGCUUAUAUUUGCCAAGGUGAUAUUUUUCUAGCAAUGGAUCAACUAGAAGCAGCUGAAGAGUCAUAUGCCAUGGCGCUGGAGACUGAUCCUUCUCUCCGUCGUUCUAAAGCUUUCAGGGCCCGAGUUCAGAAGCUUCAUGAGAAAGUGACUUCUGAAGCUAUGUCUUGACAUCCUAAGAAUUUUGCUGAAGCAACUAAAGAUGGAGCUCUUCUAUAUUGUUGAGUUGCAUCCAUGAUCCAACACAUUGCGGUUAGCUCCUCCGUAGACAUCGGACUUAUUUGUGAAUUUAAUUCUGAAGCCUGAAUCGUAGUAUUCUGCUUCCGUUUCCUUUUUUUGGGCCUUUUCACCUAUGGUGUUUAUAUCCACCUAUUUUAGAGAAAGUACUGCCAAGUCAUUAUGUGGUAUAAAGUUCCUUCUCGUUUAUGACAUAUCACGCAUGUGAUCACUACUAAUCUAAUUCUCUUCCCCUUUUAUGCUGUGAUGGACUUCUUAGUUUUAGCUUGAACUCUUUGUUUGACGUAAUGGUUGAUACUGAUUUUAGCAAUGUGUUUCACUUACUUUACAUAACCUGACUUCUCUCCGUCGUAGUUGCAGCCGAUGUUGUGGUUGUUCGUCGGUGUUGUGGUUACAACCAGUGUUGCUGCAACUCCACUAUUUAGCCGGUGUUGUGAUUACAACCAAUGUUGAUGCAGCUCCGCCGUUUACAAAUAGAAUGAGUCACAUGUCGGGCACGUGACUUUUGCUUAUUGCAAAAUCGUGGUCAACGCAUGAGAAAAUCGAUUUGGUAGUGGUCAGCAAUGGUUGUAUAGCUAAGGUAUUUGGGACAAUUUUGCUUGGUUAAAUAGUUUCUUGCAAAGUCUCUAAAAGACAAAGUUGUGGUAGUUUGGACAAAAAAUCCUGAUUUUUAUUUUAGAUGGUUGAUUUUGUGAUGAUAUUGUUGAUUAUGUCAUAAUAUAGCUGAUUUUGUUAUGAUA